AUUUAAGUAUUUAUUAUGGAAGAAUGUCAAACUCGUGUUUUAGAAAGAAAAAGGAAAAAGAAUGUCAAAGUCAUAGAUAAUAUUUAUUUACUAUUAGGAAGCGUAUGAGCUUAGGGUAUAUUACCCCACCGUCGAAUAUUCUAUAUAUAUGUACAACGAACAUUCACACCAACACACAACGAGAAAGAGAUUCUUCUUUCUAUUUCUUAAAAAUAAAACUCUGUGUUGGGAAAUAAGAGGAGAGAGAGGGAUGGAGAUUGAACCGAAGUUCAAGAGAAUAUGUGUGUUUUGUGGAAGUAGUGCUGGUAAUAAAACCAGUUACAGAGAUGCUGCUAUCGAACUCGGAGCCGAACUGGUAUCCAGAAAUAUCGAUCUUGUCUAUGGCGGAGGGAGCAUAGGUUUAAUGGGUUUGAUUUCUCAAGCUGUUUACAAUGGAGGUCGCCAUGUCAUCGGGGUUAUCCCCAAGACACUAAUGCCAAAAGAGAUAACAGGAGAGACAGUGGGAGAAGUGAAGGCAGUAGCAGACAUGCACCAAAGGAAAGCUGAGAUGGCUAAGCACUCUGAUGCCUUUAUCGCUUUACCUGGUGGGUAUGGGACACUUGAAGAGCUUCUUGAAGUAAUCACUUGGGCACAGCUUGGAAUCCAUGAUAAACCAGUGGGAUUACUGAAUGUGGAAGGAUACUACAAUUCAUUGUUAUCAUUCAUAGACAACGCAGUUGAAGAAGGUUUCAUUUCACCAACUGCUCGUCAUAUCAUUGUCUCUGCUCCUUCUGCGAAAGACCUUGUCAUGAAACUUGAGGAAUAUGUACCAAGGCACGAGAAGGUAGCCUCAAAGAAAAGCUGGGAGAUGGAACAAAUUGGGCUGAGUCCCACUUGUGAAAUCUCAAGAUGAAAAUGAUAAAAGCCCAAUUGUAUGUUUUUUUCUAAAUUGGGGUUCCUUGUUGCAAACACAAAUUGACUUUAUUUGUGUAGUUGAUUCUGUUGUUUAAUGUAUUUUAGGAUUUUAUUUCGGAAAAGAAUUAAAAAAAACAAACAUAAAAUGUAUGUUUUGGUAUGUAAUUUCUGAUAUGCUCCUAUAAACAACUCAAUCUUCGAGGUUUA